AUGCACCAAGGCUACAGUCCCCCUGAGGCCAAGUGGAAAAAGCGCCGUCCGACGCCCACGCCAGAGGUACAUGCCCGCCUGAGCCAUAUAUACACCAGCCAGCAGGAUGCUGAGCGGCAGCAGCAGGAGGAGAGGCCAGAGGCGGCAGCGGAAGAUGUCAUCUCGCAUGUGCUGGGUGACUUCGGCAUCUGGCAGCUGCGCUCCGUGCUGAUCAUCUUUCUGUGCAAGCUGCCGGCUGCCUGGUUCAUGGCCCUCAUCAUAUUCACAGCUCCCGAACUGUACCCCAACGAGGAGUACUGGUGCGAUACGAGCGCCUAUGGCGGCGUCGAGAACACGACCGUCUCGGACGAUCAUUGCUAUGUGCUGGUCGCCCAUGGCGAGGCCAACUAUGCAAUGCGACAGUGCCUGCAGUUCAACUACGCACACGCCUUUCGCUCGCUCAUCAUGGAGUUCGAUUUGGUCUGCCUGAGCGACAUCUUUGUGGCCUGGUCCCAGUACUGGCAUCUCUUCGGCAUGUUCAUUGGCGGCGUGAUAGCCACACGGCUGAUGCGUGUGCUCAGUCCUCGGCGCGUCUACAUCGUUGGCAUCUGGGGUCUGCUCGGCUGCGGCACGGCCACGGGCCUGGUCAAUGAUUUCAGCCUGCAUUGCUCCUUCCGCUGCCUGUCCGGCGUCUGCUGCUGCUUCAUGAUGACAGCCGGACAAGCCAUAUUUUGCGAUAUUACGGCGGGCAAGUGCCAGCAGGGCGUGCUUCUGCUCUAUGACGCCUCCUGGUCCGUUGGCGUCCUGCUGCUGCCCGCUAUUGCUGCUUUCGCCCAGAGCUGGCGGCAGGUUUAUGUGGGCAUCACCUCGCUGCCCGUUGUCAUCGUGCUGCUGCUGCCCUGGCUGCCGGAGUCGCCGCGCUGGCUGCUGCAGCGCGCUGAGCCGACGACUGCCGUGGAGCAGGUGCAGCAGCUGCUGCAGCAGGCAGCUCGCACUAAUGAGCGCUGCUCCAGGUUGCCAGAUGAUCUCUGCCUGCAGCUGGAACUGCUGGGCGAGAGGCUGCGCUCGCAGCCACCAGCCGCACGCUGGCUGGAGCUGUGGCACGGCCAUCCGCAUGCCAAGCUGCACAUGCUGGCCACCCACAUGGCCCUGGCCACCUUCCUCGUCAGCCACCUGGGCCUGCUGCUAAGUGUGCGCAGCUUUGGCCGCGACUAUGUGACGCCCAACACCAUGUUCGCGGGCCUGGCUGAGAUUCUGGGCUGUCUGCUCGCCGUCUACCUGUGCCGCAGCCACAACGCCCACAAGUGGCAGUGGGCGGGCGGCUUCUGCAUUGUGGGCGGCUGCGUGGGCUGCCUCUGCUGGCUCCUAGACGAUGUGAAGAUGCCAGAGCUCUAUGAGAAGAUGCUGUGGAUGUGCUUGACCCUCCUGCCCAAGGCGGGCGUCUCGUGCGCUCUGGCCAUGCUCACUGCCUGCAUGGGCGAAUCUCUGCCUGCGGAGAAGCGAGCUCCGUUUGUCUUCUCUGUGCUUACCUGGGCUCGCGUCUGGCUGCUCUCCGCCUCCUUCCUUACAUUGCUCAAGCAGCUCAACGUCGCCCUCUCCCUGUCCGUCUUCUGUGUGCUGGUUAUACUGGGCGGGCUUUGCACCUGCUGCCUGCGUACGCCUCGAGCGUGGGAGAAGAGUGCGAGGAAAGAGCAGCAGCUGCAGCAGAAGGAAGCUGACUGCUACAACACUCACUUGUAAUAUGUGAUAUUUGGAAAAGUUUUAUAGCUUGUACUUGAAUAUUGUA